GUAACAACUUUGAAAAUGAAUGCAUCUCGAAGGACAGUGUAUCAUGGAAAGAAGAAAGAAUUUGAAGCGUCGAUUGUGCAUCAGAAGAUUCUUACGAACAAGAAACAUAAUGUUAAAGUGAGCAGUCAAAAAUUUGAGCCACAAAAUAAAUCCAGGGAAGGAAGUACUUCAGUCACACCAAUGUGUGCACGUUGCAAAAAUCACGGAGUUAUCCGUCCUCUGAAAGGCCACAAAGGUUUGUGUAAGUGGAAAGAUUGCACAUGUAAAAAUUGCUCAUUGAUCGUGGAGCGACAGCGAAUAAUGGCCGCAGAGCAGACCGUCUUGAAGGUAAUGGCGAAAGCAAAAGAAGAAGGGCACAGAGACAAAUCUCCAGAAGUUCAAGAAAACAAAGUGACGUUGAAUGAAAGUAUGACUGGAAUACGGGAGUUUAUAUGCCUACACUUUGGCUCAGACGAAGCUCGCACAACUAUGAUUGAACUGGAAAAAUGCAGUCAGGACCAAGACCCUAAAGCAAGUUUCAUGAACAUUCUUCGACGUCUUUUCCCCGAUAUUAAACCUAAGGUUCUUCAGUUGCUGCUCGCUGCAUGUGAUUACGAUCUUAUAAAGACAGUCGAAACAAUUCUACCAUGUUGUAAGAAGAUAAAAACCAAAGGUCAAAUAACUUACAUAAAAGCGCCAUCACAACCGAACAAAAUGAUGAUGCUGUCAUCACGAACACAUAAAAAUCUUCCUAGACUCAUGGACAAACGAGACACGGUCAGAUACUUGCCCUACCCUCCCAUGGGAAGAACAUACGAACAUAUUCCAAGUGCAUUUGUUCCACCUUAUUCCCCUGUUGCAGCCAACGACAAUUACGGAUUUUGCGUGACUGGUUUUGUACCUCCUUAUUACAUGACAAAGGGUUUUCCUGAAGAUGUUCUUUCAAGAAGCCGUCCAGGAUUUCCAUUUUAUACAAAGCCCAAACAAUACUUCGCCCAUUGCAAGACCGUCACUUCGUCACCUAAAUCUGAAGUUGAAGACACUCGUACAACGACUGCUGCUGCAACAUUAAUUUCACUAAGCAACUCUUAAAUUUGCGAGCAAUGUUCACUGAUAUGUAACAACGCCAAUGGCUCUUAGGAAGAGUAGACAUUGUAGACAUAUAUCUAGACAACUGUAUAUUUUCAUACAGAUAAUUUAUUAACUAGGAUAAGACUUAGAUAAUCUUCAAUUAAUUUAUUUCUACUUAAUACAAGGUGUGAAAAAAAUAAUGUGUUACUUUUUUUCUGGAAAUUUGCAUCGAUGAAGAUUAGAGACUAUUUUUAUAAGUGCGUUUGUACAAACCUAAAAUAAUACACUGCGUUUAUGCUUCGCCAUCUUUACGACGAUUAAUGAAGUUUGUUG